AAAUGUAUCAAUAAAAGAAGACGUUUCACAACAAAUGUGAAAUAAUUUUCUUAUUCUAUAAAUGUCACGGCAAAAUAACAAAGAAUUGUUGGUGACAAUCGAUAGACAGGGAGAGCAAUUAAGGAGAUAUGAAGCCAGACUACGAGAUGUUGUACUUGCAUACAAAGGCCUGCAAAAAGAAAAAAGUGCUUUGGAGAAGAGCCUACGCGUUUUGAGCAGUACAGAUAACAAGCCGACUCAGGAAAGUCCUUUAAAUCACGAUGGAAACACUAACGAGGAGCUUGGCAUUGAGUCAAAAAUUAUCAGUGAUCAUGAACAGAAAUCGGACGAUGUGAUCACUGUUCAGGCUGUGCAUGAUGCUAAUGAUAAAGGAUUGGAAUCGCAAGUGAAAACUCUUCGCGAGGCUUUGGACACAAUCAUGGAACAAAAAACAAAAAUGGAGGGCUCGUUUCAAGCUGAUAGAAAGAAAUAUUUGUUAGAACUGGAAAAGAAAGACGAGCUUCUUGAACAAGUAAAGAAUGAAUUUCAAAGACACAAAGAAAAAAUGCAAAAGGAGAUCUCUGAGCUUCGAGCUCGUACAUGUGGUGAGCAAACGCGGAAACUGAGUAAUGAUCACGUGAUGAUGCUGAAAGAAAUGCAGCAGCUGGUGUCAAAGAACGAUCAGCCAGAAAGAACUUCAAAGAAAGAUCGAGUCACUGGAAAAGACGAUUAUGGAAAAAGAAGUUCCGGAUUCGACUUGUACUUUCCAAGGUGGAUAUGGACUUCUACUUUACUCUUUCUUUACUUUCUUUCUGCUACUUUACUUUCUAUUUUUUGGGGUCGUGACUCGACGAAGGGUUUGGAUAAAAGCAUCCAAGUUUCAAAUACGUCAUCGGCACUGACGAAACUCGAAGAGGAUAUGCAAAAGAUCAAAGCUCAGUUGGAAAAAGAUAUCAUGCGUGAACAGCAGCGAGCAAACGAAGCUGAACUCAAAGCAUCUUUACUUUCAAAAGCUGAGGAGAAUCGUGUCGCUGACCUAGAGGCUAAACUUUCAGAAUUAUCCAAUGUUGUUGGCAAAUAUGAAAGACUUAGAGCUCACGAUCAAGUUGAAAUAAAGAAAUUAAAAGAUCGUUUACAUACAAUGGCAACAACGCCGUCAAAUGAUGUUUCUAUGAAACAGACAACCGACAUGAAUGUCAAUAAUGAUAAAAUACUUGUGAUGAAAUUCAAAGAAUUAUUGCAAUCUUGCAUAAAAGAUGAGGAGAUAUCAGAAGAAAAUGAUUUAGGCUUAAGUCGUGCAGAUUUAGAAUGCAUUUUACAAACGGACCCAGCUCACAGAGCAUGCCGUGGACUUCGUCAACUGAAAGAUGAAUUCGAGUGUUACAAAGCAAAGAUUCGAUCGUCAAAAAACUCCCCGCUUGAGAAAUUGCCAAAUAAUGAUACCGAAAGCAAGAAAAAGGUCGUGGACGAUCUCAAAACGACUCUACAAUCAAUGCAAAUACAACUUGAUAACAAAGACGAUGAGCUCGAAACAUGCCGGGAGUCUUUCGAUAAAGAAAAGGCCAAUUUACGAAAACUUCACAUUUCUGAAAUAGAAAGCGAGCGAACGAUAUACAUGGCAAAGAUGCAAGAACUCGAGAGAGAAAUGCAGAGUCAAAGAAGUCGAACCAUGGCGUUGAUCAGCGAAAAAGACGUCGAAAUUGAGAGACUGCAAAAGAAGAUGGCAAAGAACAAUUCAGAGUCGCCUGCGAUACUUCGACGAAAUCAGUCUUUUACGUUGACCAGAAAAAGCAGUUCCGAUGAUACGGUCGAUGAACUUUUGUUGCAGUCACAUCCGUCGUCAUUACUCCAUUUUGCCCAAGAGCAGGCAUAUUGCGAUGCUGAAUUUUUGUUGUUGAAGAAACAACGCAGAGAACUCGAGGAAUCUGUUCAAGAAUUUGAAAGAAGGGAAGAGCAAACUUAUGAACAAGUCAAACUACUGAAAGAAGAAAUUCGAAAGCUAGAAAGGAAUUGCUCGCGCGAAAAUGCUAACAUGGAAUAUGUGAAGAACGUGGUUUUACGCUACCUCUUAACAGACAGUGAAUCAGUUCGACAACAAAUGAUUGCUGCCAUUUCAACAAUUUUACAAUUCAGUCCUGAAGAGGUAUUUAAGGUCAAGCAAGUAAUGAAACGCUGGUGGGGAAGAGCGUAAAACAUUUGAAAUUGACUAUUUAUUUUUAAAUAGAAUGAUCUAAUUAAAGUGUUUUUAACACAAUGCUAAUUUA